AUGCCUGCAGGCGUGCUAGAAGUGAACAUAAUCGAAGGGCGUAGUCUUAAAAACUGCGAUUUUUUUGGUGAAAAUGAUGCGUAUGUUGAAAUUUAUAUGGACAAACGAUAUAAACAGCGUACAGUAACAAUUAAAAAUUCGAAUAAUCCAGUAUGGAACGAACGAUUAACUUUCAAUAUUCAUAAGAACGAUGGUACAAUUCAUUUUGAUGUAUACGAUGCUGAUCUGAUCGGUAGAGAUACUAUUGGCAAAUGUCAAGUUAAUUUGAAGCAAGUAUUUAAUACUGGUGCAUUCGAUGAAUGGAUAAAAUUACCUGCUCACUUUGGGCUGUCAUCUCGUGGUGAAAUUCAUGUCAAAAUGAAUUUUACGCUAGCGUGA